GUGCUGUUGGGAACACAGAGGAAGUGACUGACUGGGGGUUCAGGGAAAGCUCCGUAGAAGAGGGAACACUUGAGCUGGGGCUUGAAGGAUGAGUAGAAGUUCACCAAGUGGGAAAGGACACUCUAGGAUGGCCGAGCCUCGAUUUAACAACCCCUACUUCUGGCCCCCUCCUCCCACCAUGCCCAGCCAGGUAAGACCCGGUGAGCGACGCCCUCCGGCCGCCCUCCCACUCUUGGAGCUGCUCUGCUGCGCCCCUGGCUUCAGCCCGGCCCAUGGGGCUCGGUCGGGGCGCGCGGCUCGCGGGGAGACCGGCGGCCCGGGGAAGGGGCCGCAGGUGCCAGGGCUGCACCCGCAGGCCGUGCCGCAGCCCGACGUGGCGCUGCACGCGCGGCCGGCCACCAGCACCGUCACAGGUCUGGGGCUGUCCUCCCGGACCCCGGCUGUGAGCACCUCCGAGUCAAGUGCAGGCACGGGCACCAGCACCCCAUCCACGCCCACCACCAGCAGCCAGAGCCGCCUCAUCGCCUCGUCCCCCACCCUCAUCUCAGGGAUCACCAGCCCCCCCCUCCUGGACUCCAUCAAGACAAUCCAGGGCCACGGCCUGCUUGGCCCCCCUAAGUCCGAGCGCGGCCGCAAAAAGAUCAAGGCGGAGAACCCAGGGGGGCCGCCCGUCCUCGUAGUCCCCUACCCCAUCCUGGCCUCGGGCGAGACCGCCAAGGAGGGCAAGACAUACAGGUGUAAGGUGUGCCCGCUGACCUUUUUCACCAAGUCUGAGAUGCAGAUUCACUCCAAGUCACACACCGAGGCCAAGCCCCACAAGUGCCCGCACUGCUCCAAGUCCUUUGCCAACGCCUCCUACCUGGCCCAGCACCUGCGCAUCCACCUGGGCGUCAAGCCCUACCACUGCUCCUACUGUGACAAGUCCUUCCGACAGCUCUCUCACCUCCAGCAGCACACCAGAAUCCACACAGGCGACAGACCCUACAAGUGCCCACAUCCUGGCUGCGAAAAGGCUUUCACUCAGCUCUCCAACCUCCAGUCUCACCAGCGCCAGCACAACAAGGACAAGCCCUACAAGUGUCCCAACUGCUACCGGGCCUACUCGGACUCCGCAUCCCUGCAGAUCCACCUCUCGGCCCACGCCAUCAAGCACGCCAAGGCCUACUGCUGCAGCAUGUGCGGGCGGGCCUACACCUCGGAGACCUACCUGAUGAAGCACAUGUCCAAACACACGGUGGUGGAGCACCUGGUGAGCCACCACUCGCCCCAGAGGACGGAGUCCCCCGGCAUCCCGGUGCGAAUUUCCCUCAUCUGAGCCGACCCAAGGCGCCGCCCCACCCUGCCCACUGGCAGACACAGACCCAGGCAGCACCAGGCCCCAGCUUCCUCCAGGGGCCCUCCAGGAACAGCUGAGCUCUCUCAUGACCUUGCUGACCUUCCAGAAAGCCUGGGCUGCAGAAGCCCUGCUCGGUCCAGCUCCGGGGGCGGCCAGGCCAACUGCAAGAUUCUGGACUGUUUUGGUGGCAUCCAAAGACUAUCUCAGAGCACUUUGAACCUCUCUGUUGGUUUCUUUUUGUUCCCCACCCUCCACUUGCUUCACUGUUUUUGUUUUUAAGUUUGUUUUGGAAAUAACAAAAAAAGAUAUUUAUUGGCCAAGAAGUUGGUGCUGCUAAGACCGAGAAAUUAAAAGAAUCGGACAGAUGGACACAGAGAACCAGAGGGCAGCGUGGGACCUUCUCUUGCCACAGCCUCAGGUCUUGAGGGAAGGCUCAGGCCUGGGUUUCUGGACUGCAAAGGGGACCCCCCAGGUGGGAGGGGACAGGAAGCAUCUGGAGUGAGCCACUCACCCCUAGGUGCCCAGCUCCACCCUCUCGAGCUACACCCUGGGCAUUACUGAGCAGAGGGAUGCGGCAGCUCCUGGGGCCGCCCAGGCUUCAGGAGACAGAGCAAGAGAGGGGCUGGGUGAUCCGCAGGACCAAAGGGUGCAGCGUUGGGCUGGGCUGGGCACAGGCCCAGGGAAACGGGGUGAGGGUGGGCUGGGUAAGACCUGGCCCUCCACUGCCCUGAAGACCACCCCAGUCUACCUCGGUGCUGGCCAGGAAACCUAUUGGCUACCUCUCCCACCAUCCCAGAGCUGUGGGCAGGGGGGGUGGGGAGGGAGUGGGCCUGGACUUAGAACCACCCCCUCCAGAAUUUCCUCCAGAUGGGGCAGUGCCCAGGGAGGGGUUAUUUGUCUUCCCUGUCAUGGAGUGGGGGGAGUCCCCAGUCCAGGCCCUAGGCCCCUCAGCAGGGAAGGGAUCCUCGGGGAAGAGGGUCCCAGGAGCAGACCCUGCCCCCAGCCCCCACAGACACACCCCAAUCUGAAAGCCAUGCGUGUCCAUGUAUAUAGGAACUAUGUACAGAGCCCGGAGAAGCCCCUCUUCACCCCCCGGGAAAAAAAAAAAACUAGACAGAAACUCAUCUAUAUAUUCUGUAUCUGGAGUUCCGUUUUGAAUAUUAACUGUGUUAUUUUUAUACACUUUUUAAGCCUUAACUCGCCAUUGAUUUACCAGUUUAAUGUUUCCUGGGGUUUUUUUUCCCAUGGGGUUCUCUGCCCCAGCCCCCACCCCUUUGUUUGACUUGCGUCGUCUGAUACUCAGUAUUGUAGCUUUUUGUCCGCAUGUUACUACCCUGUAAAUAUGCUGUUAUACAUACUGUUAACACCCCAUUUGCUUUUUUCUAUGGGACCUCCAGGCCACCAUAUUUAGAACUAGUUACCUUAUUAAAAAAGAGAAAACAGUCUGUUGGCUUCUCAGUCUGCAUCUUGGUGGCAGGGAGGUGAGGGCAGGUGCCCCUCAAUGCUUCAGGAAACAAGGUUGCAUUAUAUUUAAGAAAAGGGGUGGGGAGCAAAAUACGAAUCAAAUGUGGGGGAGACACUAAAUGGGGCAAGAACCAAGGGCAUCCCAAGCCCUCUGCUCUUUGUAUUUCUCUGUUGUGAAGAAUAAACUGUACCUGCACCCGGG